AGAGCCGAGUGCGCACGAGAACAUAACAUCCAAUGGGCCCAGCUCUGCUACUACUUCACCCCCCCGAGAGAGGAUCUUGUCCACUGAGAGCGUGUGCCGACACUUUGAUUCCACUAGGGAAGACACAAGCAUGGUUGCGGAGUUGAUUCGGAAUCAGUGAGAGUCUCAUCCGGUUGAGUUGCUCCUUUUUUGGGGGGGGAAGAUGGCUAGGAUUUACAGGAUGAAUAUUGUGUUUCUACUGUAUGGACUGGUGGUGGCCUCAGCCAAAGAGGAGUGUUUGUCGGGGCAGUACACCACUGACGGAAAGUGCUGCAAGCAGUGUCCGCCGGGCGAGGGUGUCGUCCAACCGUGUGGAGCCAAGCAGACUAAGUGUUCGUCCUGCCUGGAUAGUGAGACCUUCUCAGAAAACUUCAGCCACAUGGAAAGAUGUCAGCCCUGCACAAAAUGCACGGGUCUCUUCCGCAUGGAGACGCCGUGUACGGACGACAAUGACGCCACUUGCGUGUGCAACUACGGCUACUACCUGAACAACCUCUCGCAGAGGUGCGAGCCCUGCACCAAAUGCCCCGAGGGCCAGGGCAUGCUGUACAGCUGCGAGUUGGACCACGACACGCAGUGCGAGGAGUGCGGCGGGGACAUGUACUCGGACCAGGAAAGUUCGCGGGAGCCCUGCAUCUCGUGCACCACCUGCGAGGAGGAGGAGGAGUUGCAGGCCUGCACUGCGUUCACCAAUACCAUUUGUCAAGUCCAGUACCCCUCAGUGUCCCCCACGCCCUACACGGACGUCUCCAUGUUCACCGACGACGACUUACUGAUCGACGGCCCCCCGCCCGACGGCCCAACAGACAGCAGCGCCACCACCACUGACGACGAUUUGCACAAGGGCAUCUACAAGAACCUGAACGACAAGCUCAUACCCGUCUACUGCUCCAUCCUGGCGGCCGUGGUCGUCGGUCUGGUGGCCUUCAUCAUCUUCAAGAGGUGGAACAGCUGCAAGCAGAACAAGCAACAAGCCAACAACUGCACGUCCAACCAGAACCAGACGCCGUCGCCCGAGGGCGAGAAGCUGCACAGCGACAGCGGCAUCUCGGUGGACAGCCAGAGUCUGCAGGAGCAGCUGGGCCAGACUCAGACCCACACAGCGGUGACCAUGGACGAGGACCCCUGCUUGCUGGUCCCCCUGCACACCAGAGAGAAAGUGGAGCAGAUGCUGUUCAGGCGCGGCGAAGGGGACGACUGCAACAUGGAGGAGGACUGGUGCAACCUAGCAGGCCUGCUGGGCUAUGAGGACGAACGUAUCGCCACCUUCCGCCAGGGGGAGCACCCUGUGCGCGCUCUCUUGUCCGACUGGGCGACCAAGGACUGCGCCAGCGUGGACGCCUUGUGCACGGCGCUACGCAAGAUCAACCGCAACGAUGUCGCCCAGAGUCUGGCGCUCAGCCCAACCGCCCCGAAACCCACCGCCACUUCCGUGGUGUGAAUUUAGGAUUAAAUAAAGCAGAUGGAGCUUUUUAUUUUUAGUGUGUGCACACGCAAGGAAAUGAGCUUUUUUGCAAAUUGAAUUCAAUCUGUAAUCAUUCCAAUGUGCAUUUCUGACUUUUACUGACUUUCCAGUUGUACCAAAGAUGUGUUAAAAGUCAGGCCUAACCUUAUUUAGUGUACAUUGUAGCCCCGGCCUGCCUGGACCGGAUGAGGCCUACAUCCCACCCAGUGUCUGGAUCCCUGCAAGUGUGACAAGCAGAGGAAGGAUGUUUGGAUGAUGUCAUAUGGACCUCUUUCCAUGAGGAAUAAACUUUGUCCAAAGUGACCUUUGCACACUUAAGUGGUGCCCUCUAACACACCAUAAACAACACAGUGAAGGACAUUGAACUCAUCGUGUAUAAUGUAGACAACACACACAAACAUAUACUGUAUGUAACCAUGCAUGCUUGUAAUAUAUAAAACACACACACACACACACACAUUCUUGUAUUUUUUACCUUCUUGAGCCCUCUGAAAAAUGCCCACCUCUUUAGGACCACCCCUUCUAGAUAUAUAAAGAUUUGUAUUUACAACAUUAGUAAUAUAUACAUACUAUGCAAAUAUAAAAAAAUGUAAGCUUUUAGUUUGGGUUUUUUUGUUGAAUUUUUGGUUUGUAAUUGUUUUUUAAUCGUCAUUAUUUACUUCAAGUUAUUACAGUAUGUCUCUAUGUACAUAUUUAGUUUAUGUUUUUAAUUCAUUUUGACCAAAGGGGUGCACUUGUUAUUACAUAAGUUGGCCAGAGGGGGAGCACACCAAAUUUUUACACACACUUAUUUCAUAUGCUGACCAGAGGGGGAGCACUUUUAAAACCGACAAAAAAUCCCUCCUUUUUGGGACCACCCUAAUUUUGAUAGAUUUCACCACCAGGGGUGCAAAGGAGACAUUCUCUAUUAGAUGCAAUGGUUUUCCGUAUUAGGACUAUGAUUUAUGACCUAACUUGUUCACCGGUCCUCAUAUGGAAGGUACUUUUCCUUGUUGGUGUCUCAAGAAGGGUAGAAAUACAACACACACACACAACUUUUUUAAAAUAAAAUGUUUUUUUAAAUUGUAUUUACAUAAAUCACAGAUUGUUAAUCAAUCUAAUAAAAUAGAAUAGAAAAAGCCCAACUCCAACCCAAUCGAAGUGUUGAAAUACUUAAGAUAAGAAAUUACAAGGCAAUUGAGAAGACAUACAAAUAAAAUAGUGAACUAAAUACGACACAAAAAAAGGAAUAGCGACAAUGAAUGAAAGCAACAGUAUUAAUAACACUAAUAAAAUAAGCGGUAGAAAAUGGAUGGAUAUCAAUAAUAGUUGUUUAAUGUUUGUAAUCCAAAAAUUGCAAAAAAAUAAAUAAAAAUGGUUUCCUUUAUCAACGAUUCUUGCAUCGAUUUAGAAUUAGAAUAAAUAGAAAUUGCGGUUUGGAUAUAAAUAGACUUUUUGAGCACCCCUAACAGAUAUUCUAAAAGUUUUAUGAGUAUUAGAAAAACUAAAUUGCCAAGUCCCAAAGACGUUUUUCAACCAAUCUGGCUAAAAGUUUACACACAAGUUUGUUGGUCCCCGCAAGACAUGUGCCAGGUUUUGUGGAGCUUUGACAAAACACCCAAAAGUCACAGUGGAGACUUGAAAACUGCAGUAGACUGACUCAAUAGCACCUCUGCUGGUUCCAGCCAAGUACUGCCCUCAAUUUCUUUCAGAUUUCAAAUAUUCUUUACUGUCCAUAAUUCCGGACUUCAUCUCCAUCCCUGGUGUAAGCAGCAGGAGUUUAUGAAUGAUUGUCUGCUAUACAAUAAACAACGACACAUAAAACACAUGCAAAAACGACAGCCAGCUUGAAAAAAAAGAACACACCAAAUGCACUUACUGUAUGAUCAGGAUGCAAAACAGCUUUUCCUCUCCUCUCUGCCUCCUUUCUCAGGGUAAAUGGAGUGAUUGUGUCGCCUCUAAGGAACACAACAUUGACACAAGUCAGUGUGAUGUACACAAACGUUUAAUAACAUAAUCAAACUCUUUUAGCUUUAGGCACGCAUUCCAUUCAGUUUAUUCCAUGUGAUUUAAAUAUGCUGACCGGGGGGAAACCCGCCACCUCUUUUCUUUUGUUGAAGGAGCCAAUGUGACAUGUACGGUAUGUCCUAAUUGUUACCAAUAGCUUAGUGUUCUUUAAAAUGAAGGUGUUAUGUUAUUUUUUUAUUGUUAUUCUCUAUAAUGUAGCAUAAGUCCGUUUACAUGUUGCAGGUUGUGUGGUGAUGUUGUACAGAGCAUUUAGUUCAUUUCUUGUAAAUACCAAACUCCAGCAGGGAGGAGCUAAAUGUACAUUAUAUGGAUUUAAGUUACAGGAAAUAUAAUGGGACCAAUAUAAAAAUGGCAACGCAUGCAUGCUGUGCGUUACAAAUACUAAAGCCUCCUUUUUUGACUGUACUAUAAUAACAUGAGCGUGUCCUCCCUGGACACUUUGGAUUUCUCUGGACAGUAUUUGUUUUUGGAGCAAGAGGUUGUACAGUCGUGAAUAUGUCAUGAAUUCGCACUUGAGCGUGUUAUAGGGAUUAUGCAAAUGAGGGGAGCGCUUGAUGGCGGUGACUGAACAUGUACAGCCCUGACACUCACUGAAUGUUCCUUCUAUACUAACUAACUAACGCAUAAUACUGUAUUAUACCUCAUGUGAAUUGGAGAGGUUCUUAAAAUAAUAAAGCUCAUGAAUACA